ACAAUAACCUAUACUUUAUUUUAUGGGGCGACCCCCCGCGCGAAGUCACAACCCCGAUUUUAAAUACCACUGCUCUAGAGAAUAGAAGAAUGUGAGAGGAAGAGGAGGAGUCAUUGGGGUGUUUCCAGUAAAGAAUACUUUCACUUUCAACGGUCUUCUGAAAAGCAGCAGCGCAUUUCUUCUUCAGCACGUCUAACAGAAUAACAGAAUACUUUACUGAGGGACGUUCGUUGAUUGUUAGGGGGAAAAUGGAGAUUGUGAUUGGUCUACUUCUUUCAUUAUUGUCUCUGUAUUGUGACAUCACCGAUGCUGAGUGCCUGGUGGUUAGUCCUGUCAGGCUGGUGGUGAAGUAUGGAGACCCAGCUUCAGCCAAAUGCACCUCCGAUCCGCCUCAGCAAAUGGGCUGGGAGGCGACCCAGGGAGGGGUGGGUCUAACAGACAAUAAGGAGAAGUUCCUAAACUGGAGAUACCAAAGAGUGACUGACUGGAAUAUCAAACCUACGUGCUUCACAGAUGGAGGUGAUUGUCAGAAACAGCUGGACAUCACAGUUUAUAAGCUUCCAGACUUUGUGUCCAUCAGCUAUAGGAGUCACCCUGAUCCGAUGGUUGAGCAGCAUCAGAACCAGUUACAGUGUCUCUUCCAGAACAUCGCUCCUAUUGAGAGACUCAGGGUGACCUUCUACAAAGUCAAUACCGGUGGUGAACUGACAGAAUUAGGCACACAACAGAACUCCAAGGACGACAUCAAGACACCAGUGAAUGGGACCUAUACCCUGGACUUCACCCCUAGUAGAGAUGAUGAUGGGGCCCAGUUGUGGUGUUCAGCCAUGUUGGAUCUGGGACCAGAGGGACCCCAACCUCCUCCUGUAAUGGAAUCAGACCGCCUCAACAUCCCUGUGCACUACAAGCCUCAGAUCACUAUGAGUCCUGGAUGUUUCUCUGUGAACAUCACAGAGGGCGAUACCCUAUCAAUUAACUGUAGUGCAAAGGGUAACCCCGCCCCCUCAUACGAUUGGUUUCUACCCCAAGCUGCCCCCGCCCCCAACAACACGGAAGAAAAGAAAAAAAAAAAAAAAAAAAGAUCUGUAGUGACCAUCACCAACAUGGUGAAGUCUCACUCUGGAGAGUACACCUGCAUCGCUAUCAACUCCCUGGGAAACAGCACCUGGACUGUUAACGUGGAGGUCACAGGAGCUUCCUGUCAGGCUGCUGGAAGUGCCAUGGUGACCGUGCUGCUCCUCCAGCUCAUUCAUUGGCUGUAAGACCACUUCCUGAACCCACUGAUUGGCUGAAUAGAUGUGUUUUUUUUUUUACAACCCCCUCCCACUGUGAGUGGGGACUUUCUGUCCACUUUCUGCUAACUAUUGAUUAAUUAUUUUAUUGAUUUAUUGGUUGAUUGAUUGAUAACCAUGCCUACAAUACUUUGAUAAUAUUACCUUGUAGCUUUAUGAUUUGUCCUUAUACAGUGGGGGAAAAAAGUAUUUAGUCAGCCACCAAUUGUGCAAGUUCUCCCACUUAAAAAGAU